CUUCGGUAGCUCCAUAUCGCUGAUGAUCAUGAUGAGUGUGCGAACAUGAGCUCGAUGACUAAAAUCGUAUACCUAAAUUUUUAGUUUGCAAUUGACAGUCAAACAGUUAUGUUUGAUAUAUAUUUUACUUAGUAGAGCAUUGCGACCUGGAGCUAUUUGAUUUGUUUUUAAACUUGUGAAAAUCAGAUAUUGUACGUGCUCAUAUUUAUUUAUGAAAAUAAAAAAAUGGAGCGGAUUUGGGUGAUGAUAUUAUUUCUCCAAAUAUCACUAGCAAUGCUAAUACCUGAAGAAACGGAAAUGCUCGAAGGUUAUACGUUUCCAGAAACAUUGGCCGACGAUGAUUACUUUGAGGCGCGUAGCCUAAGUAAAGGUCCGUUAUUCAAUUCAGUGCGUAAUAAACGUAGCCACGACAUAAAAGAAUCCGAUGGCUUGAUUAGUCAUUUUCGUCCGAAUUCAGUGAAUGGAUAUUCAAGAAAAAUGUCCAUUGACGAGAGCCAAAUAACACCAACGAAUCCGGUCGCAUUUCGAAAACUAAAAAAAUGGUUAAAGAAAAAAUUUCCAAAUGAUGACAGCGACGAAUCUACCGAUAAUAGUAAUUUACCUUUUGGUAGCAUCAUUUUACCACCAACCCAAGGUCGGCGACGACGCAGUAUUGAAAAUGAGAAAAAAAUCAAAAUCACAUCAUCAAAAGAUGAAAUAAAGUCGAAUAUCAAUUCAGAAAAUUCACCAAGCCCCUCAGCUGCAGCAUUGGUUAGUGGAAAAUUUGCUCGAUCGCCAUUUGAAUAUUCAAAGAUUCAACAUGAAGAGGAUUCAAUGGCAAUGGACACAUCAUCGUUAAGCAUCAAUGAAGGUAUGAAAUCGCGAACACCUCGAGUGAAUUUUGUCACCGCCCAGCAAAAGAAAUCUCUUGACCGUGAUGAUACAAAAACCAGUGCCACCAAAUCCGAUUUCUAUAAGAGCCCACCGCUUCUGCACAACAGCAAAGAAUCGACACCGACAUCAAGUAGUGAACGAUAUCCAGAGAGAAGUACAAAUAGACCAUCUUCAUACCCUGAUCGCGAUAUGAAUAACAAUCACUAUGAUGACCGAUACUUCGAAGACAUGUAUCCUCCGCCACCUCCACAUUCACAACCAGACAUGCCGUACGAUCCGAUGUUUGAUUAUAACUUACCUUACGAUUUAUACAUGCGCAGGCAGUAUGCUUACCCUGGUAGUCGCUAUGACAUUCCUGACUACAGAGACUUUUAUCCACCAAUGUAUGGAAAUGAUAUCGAUAGCCGGUACUACAUGCGCACAGAUUCAAUGCAACCAUCUUUGCCAGCGUCAUCGGUUGUGCCGCGCAAGAGAACCAUAUACUAUGCUUAUCUGCCAGAAGUUGUCCGAAGUCCACCGUCUGUCGAUUUUCGAUAUAGAUCGUAUGAUCGUUAUGAUUCCAGAUACGAACCGGCUCCAUACUACCCUGAAUAUUAUAAUCGCUAUGAAGCCAACAGUAUGGUUAGCAAUGCAUACCAUCGCCCAGACAAACCGUUUAAGCAUGAGUAUCGCACAACAAAACCAAUGAAAAUUUACAACGAUGAUAUGGUACGCAAUAAUUCAUCAUUUAAAGAAAAGCGAUUCGACCAUGAACGAUUCUAUAAUGAUAAUAAAUUACCCAUGCAAACUUAUUCACAUCACAGACCCAGUGAAUAUGACUCAUACUAUUAAAGCAAUCAAGACAAUAUUCACAUUUAAAAAAAAAAAUGUUUAGAAUGGCACUCGUAAAAUGUCUGUUUACUUCAAUUUACUUCAUAGUACUUAAUUUAAAUGUCAAUUAAAUUGUAAUAGAAACCCAUCAUCAAUUGCUUUUUGUAAUGUUUUAGCUGAAAAAAAAAUCUAACAGGCUAUUCCCAUGUACAACAUUUUAAGAUAUUUUACUAAUUUAAUUGUCAAUUAAUCAGUAGUAUACCAACUUAGUAUUACCAAGUACUUAAAUAAUUUCCAAACUCUUCAAGUUCAAAAGCGUUCGUAUCCAUGUAUCGGUGAAAAAAAAUAUUUCUCUUUUGUCACAUUUGCAUUUUUUGGAAUAACAAAAACAACACCAUAUAACCGUUUAUUUUCCUAAUAAAAUAAAACACAUAAUAAUUUGUCUAGUGCUUA